AGUUGAGAUUUUUGUUUUUAGGUUAUAUUAUGACUUGUGUCUGUAUUUUCAAUUUUAUUUAACUAAUUUUUAAGUAAUUAUUUCAUGACUUAUUUUUGAUAGAUACUGAAGGUUUCGUUUUAAACUACGAUGUGACAUUGAUGAAAUUAUUCAACCAAUUUUUUGGUAAACAAUGGCUGAAACAAACAUCAAUGAAACUAUUGGCAAGUAUCAACGAUUUAUCGACGAUGUUCUCAAAGAGGAUUUGCGAAUAUUACAUUUGAAGUUGCAACAGAUAAACGCGGAACUAACAGACCUCAUACAGCAGAAACAUUCGCUCAAAGUUAUCACGGAUAAAUCGGUUCAUCCAAACGGUUUUAAGUCGCAGGUAAACAUUGGAUGUAAUUUCUUUAUGGAGGCCUCUGUGACUGACACGUCUAAAUUAUUAAUGAAUAUUGGCCUGAAUCAUUAUUUAGAGUUUUCAACAGACGAAGCUUUCAAGUAUUUGGAUGCUAGAAUAAAGGUUUUUGAGCAGAAAUCAGAAGAAAUAUGCAAUAAAGCAGUGGAGACAAAGGCGCACAUAAAGUUAAUGUUGAUUGGCAUUGGGGAAUUGGAAAACCAGAAGAAUGCCAAAAACAGAAAGAAUAAAAAGUUACAUUAUUCAAUAGGAUAUGAGCAUAAAUAGGUCGCAUUCUUACUAAAAUAGUGAUCUCUCACAGACAACUUUAGGGUAGAUUCAGUAAAAGAAUCUACUGCUAACUGGCCUGUGGCCUUUAGGGUUGUAAGUAAGUAUGAACGAAGCCUUCCCUCAAGAGUCUAGAUGGACCAGAGAAAAUAUAGGAAUCAUAAGUCCAAAACCGGCAUUGCUGGGAAAUAAAACUAAGGUAAACUUAUAAGAUCACAACACCACAGUUCAGGACAGUUAGGGAACUUCUAACAAAAUGUUGAGGCUUCAUACUUCAAAUCUCAAAUUAGUUUCAUGUUGUCUUUUUACACUAUUAUGUAAUAAUGUUUUUAUUUUAUUCAUUUAUUAUGAUUUAUGGUAUUCUAUGUUGAUCUUGCUGAGAAAAAAUCAAUUAAUAUUUAUGAAUUCUUAUUUUUACAAUGAAUAAUGUUCCGUAUCUUAACCUUUAAAAGUUAAUUUUGAAUUAUGAAAUUUUGUUUUACUGCCUAUAUUAUAUUAUUAUUUAAAUUGCAACCUAUAACUAUUUUUUUAAAGUACUAAUUACUUGUACACAUAGUAUGCGACAGGUCGAAAUGGCAAUCGGGGAGGGAGCGCCCCACACACCAGCACAGCCCCUGCGCUAACCCGAAGCAAGCGAGCGCGGGUGACGUCAUACCCCGAUUGCCAUCUCAACCUGUCGCGGACAUAACUCCAGCUUACCUAUACAGCAUGUCUCAGUAAAUAAGAUUGUAUUGUAAUUAUCUAGGUAAAUAAGAUGAAGUGUAAGCAAUGUAUGUAAUUUAAUUAAAUGGAUUGUUAAGUAA